AGCUUCAGUCAGUGUGUGGUGGCUGGAGAAAGCCUGUGUGCACUCAGGCGUGGGUUGGAGAGACUGGGAAAAGGAGGAAGAGAGACACGGAAUGAAGGAGAGAAGAAGAGGGAGGGUAAAGAGUUUAGAGUUGAGCUUAGGGGGCGUAGGCAGUGACAGUGACACAGGAUCUCAUUUUGUUGUCCUGUUAAAGAGCCCAGCUGGAAGACAGGAAACAGGAAUGAAACCAGCCUGAGAUUUCUCCAACUCUGCUGUUUUAAGGUGUGUCCUGGCCCCUAGCCGUGUAUGUGAAUGUCUGUCGCCAUGGCUAAGCGUGAGACUGGCAGCACAAGUCCAGUGGUGCGGCAAAUAGACAAGCAGUUCCUGGUCUGCAGCAUCUGCCUCGAUCACUUCCACAACCCCAAAGUGCUGCCGUGCUUACACACCUUCUGCGAACGGUGCUUACAGAACUACAUCCCACCCCAGUCACUGACCCUGUCCUGUCCGGUGUGCCGACAGACCUCCAUCCUGCCUGAAAAAGGAGUAGCAGCACUGCAGAAUAACUUCUUUAUCACCAAUCUGAUGGAGGUGCUGCAGAGGGAUCCGGAAUGUUCCCGUCCUGAGGCAUGCAACAUGCUGGAGUCUGUGAGUGCAGCAGUUGCUGGGAAGCCUCUUUCCUGCCCAAAUCACGAGGGCAAGGUGAUGGAGUUUUACUGUGAGUCGUGUGAAACUGCCAUGUGUUUAGACUGCACAGAGGGUGAACAUCGAGAACAUGUCACUGUUCCACUGAGGGACGUUCUGGAACAACACAAAGCAGCGUUGAAGAAUCAGCUGGAUGCUAUUCGCAACAGGUUGCCUCAGCUCACAGUUGCAAUAGAACUAGUGAAUGAGAUCUCCAGGCAGCUGAUGGAUCGAAAGACUGAAGCAGUGAAUGAGAUCAGCUGUACGUUUGAGGAGCUAGAGCGGGUUCUGCACCAACGUAAAACUGCCCUCAUCACUGACCUAGAGAACAUCUGCAGUUCCAAGCAGAAGGUUCUGCAGUCCCAGCUGUCAUCUCUGCAGCAGGCAAAAGAACAUAUCGAGAGCAGCUGCAGCUUCACAGAACAGGCGCUAAGUCACGGUGGUGCUGCCGAGGUGCUACUUGUGCAGAAGCAGAUGGGGGAGCGUGCAGGUGCUCUGGCGUGUCACACCUUCCCUGAACGGCCACAUGAGAAUGGACACCUGCAGUGCCGCCUAGAGACAGAGGGCCUGCGGCGCUCCAUCCAGAACCUGGGUGUCUUGAUCACCACUAGUGCUGUCGGACACACUAGCGUGGCCACCGGCGAGGGCCUGAGGCACGCAGUCAUCGGCCAGCACAGCACCAUCACCGUCACCACCAAGGACAAGGAUGGAGAACUGGUGCGAAGUGGAAAUGCACUUCUAAAAGCGGACAUUACGGGGCCAGAAGGAAGCAAAGCAGUCGAGGCAGAGGUAGUCGACAAUAAAAAUGGCACAUAUGAAGUGGGCUACACGCUGAGGAGCGAAGGAGAGUAUUCUUUCUCACUGAUGCUAUAUGGCCAGCCUGUGAGAGGGAGUCCAUUCAGACUGCGUGGCGUGAAGCCUAGCGACGUGCCUCAGUCUCCUGAAGACGUGAAGAGGAGGGUGAAGUCGCCCAGUGGAAGUGGAGGACACAUCAGGCAGAAAGCUGUGCGAAGACCUUCCAGUAUGUACAGCACUACUAAGAAGAAGGAGAAUCCUAUUGAGGAUGAGCUGAUCUACAGAGUAGGCACAAGAGGCAGGGAGAAGGGCGAGUUUACUAAUCUUCAAGGCAUUUCUACCUGCAGUGGCAGAGUUGUAGUGGCAGACAGCAACAACCAGUGUAUACAGGUGUUUACUAAUGAUGGACAGUUUAAGCUGAGAUUCGGGGUGCGAGGGCGCUCGCCAGGGCAACUGCAGCGACCUACAGGAGUGACAGUAGACCUGAAUGGAGACAUCAUAGUAGCUGAUUAUGAUAAUCGAUGGAUAAGCAUCUUUUCCUCCGAAGGGAAAUUUAAGAAUAAAAUCGGUUCUGGGAGGUUGAUGGGGCCGAAGGGAAUUACAGUGGAUCGUAACGGUCACAUCAUCGCCGUUGAUAACAAGGCAUGCUGCGUCUUCAUCUUCCAGUCCAAUGGAAAACUGGUCACCAGGUUUGGGGCAAGGGGCUCACUGGACAGACAGUUUGCAGAAAAAAGUGGUUCAAACUUUGCACAGGAGCAAAAGCUUAGUAAAUCUGGCCCUGGGUUCAGUCCACACUUUGUGGCUGUCAACAACAAGAAUGAAAUCAUAGUUACAGACUUUCAUAACCACUCAGUUAAGGUGUUCAGUGCAGAUGGCGAGUUCCUCUUUAAAUUUGGCUCACAUGGUGAAGGAAAUGGGCAGUUUAAUGCCCCGACAGGAGUGGCUGUUGAUGCAAAUGGGAACAUCAUUGUAGCAGACUGGGGUAAUAGCAGGAUACAGGUGUUUGACAGCUCGGGCUCUUUCCUGUCCUACAUCAACACGAGCGCAGACCCGCUGUAUGGGCCACAGGGUUUGGCGCUCACGUCUGAAGGUCACGUGGUUGUUGCAGACUCGGGGAACCACUGCUUUAAAGUGUAUCGCUACCUGCAGUAGUGCUCCAGCUCUCCUGCUUUCUCUCUCCUUCUGUUUUGCACGUUCAGCUAAGCUCAAACCCCUUAACCAAACUAUAUAGUUUGAGCAGAAAGCACAAGAGCAUUAUUCUUUCACAGUGCAGUGCUCCAAAUAAUACUUUUUUUAAUUAUUUUUUUUUAAUUAUUAUUAUAAUUGUGACCUAGACCUUAUGAAUGUUUAGAGUGGAUGUGGGAGAGUGAUCUCUAAUAAGCACACAUUGUACAAUAAUUCACUUCUACGUUUAUGAAGAAAUUGGUAAAAUUGAGAAGAAUUUGUGUACGGCAUGCAGUCAUAAAGCUAGUGUUAUAAUUUCUGCACUUUGGUAACUACAGACGUUUGUUUUAAAAAAAAAGAAAAGAAAAGAAAUUUUAAAAUGGCUCCAAAAAAUACAGGUUCUAUAAUUAAUUUCACGAUAACAUGUAAACAUUUAACUGCAACCUAAUUACAGACUUACAUAAGCGCAUGCACUGUCCUGCAGCUUAAUUUAGAAAAUUCUGUAUAAAUAUAUAUAUUUUUUUCAUGGAUUUUCAUAAUUUAGCACUUAUAAUAAAUGGGGAUACUUAAAUUAAAUGUCAUUAAGGAAUUAAUUAUACUGGUGCAUUAUGCGUUAUAUAAUUAUGAACACUAUUACCAAAUUACACAGAAUUAUCUGUUAUUUAUUAUCCACUUGCAUUUUUAAAUCCAGUUACUUUACUGAAGAUUUGCUAGUUUCUUAGAUAAAAAAAAAAAAAAGACAUUAGAACUAAAACCUCUGACAGAUUUACUUCCCGUCUCUCUCAGAAUACACUCACACUUUGUCUUUUGAGUGCAAACACCAGUUGUGGUUUUUUACGCCUGUGUAUUUGUAUCAAUGCACAUAGUGUCUGUAUAUAUAUGUGUGUGUGUGUGUGUGUGUGUGUGUGUAUGAGAAUCUAUAUGUAAUCUGUAAAUGUACCACACUUUGGCUUCUUGUCAUCCCCUGAUUAAUGUUCUGAUCUGGUCUUAUGCUUCAGCUGUACAGGUGUAGUGCUCAAAGUAAUCGAGUGAGUACUGUGUUAACAGCAAGAGUUAUUUUUCUAUUUCAUCAUGCGACUUUAUGUUUAGAGUUGUCCUGUAACAAAGAAAAGAAUCUUGGUGACUGAGGAGAUGAUUUAAAAAAAAAAAAAAAAAAAAAAGCAGGGUUCAGAUAAAUGUUGCGUUAAUCACAUUGCGAUGUGUUUGCACAUAUUGAGUCCUAUAUAUGGAAUAUCUUUGUAAAUAAUCAUUUCCAUUUAUACAGCUGGUGCAUUAUAGUGCAUACUGUUACAGUGGAAAGGCCGUCUUUUUAUCAGUAUUUAAUUGUUUUUAUUUAUUUGAUGUUUUGUACUCUAUACAUAACCCACAUAAUUCUCACCAGCCAAAGCUUUCAGUAAUGUCAUUUUUUUUUUUUGUUUUGUUUUAUACAUUUUUCUGUUCACUUUUCAGAACCUCAUUCAUUUAUCUUGAGGUAUAAGGUGCUGUUUAGGGCAUAACAGAAGUUCAUUAUUUUUACCACUUACACUCAUUACGGUCAUAUCGAGUGUGUGUGAGUUAAAGGAAGUGUCUUGUGAAAGCAUUUUGUGUGUAGCUUUUGCUUAAUGAACAUUUUACCCGUUUCUGGACUGCAGUUAAAUGCUGGGAAAGUUAUGCACGUUGAGGCUGUACCAGCACUGUUGAAUUUUUUUCAUUUUUUAAAUAUUUUUAAUCAGUUUUGUUACAUCUAAUAACUGUAAAUGAAUAUGAGUAUUUCUGUGACAUGUCAGUCGUCUCAGAGCAGUGGUUCAGUAGUGAGGACAUGCCGCUCUGUACGCUUGUGUGUUUUCAUAAUGAUCAGGCUUCAAGUCCUUAGAAUCCUUCAGGCAGGUCCCCAAAUAUGUGUGGGUGUGUGUGGCAAGUAUUCCAUUCCUUAGACUCGUUCACAAGUUUUAAAAAUCUUACACUAUAAAACAGGACAGCCCCAUUGCACUAUGUGAACUUGUUUCUUCUCUUUAACUCCAAUUGUCAUAAGUUUUGGAUAUUGAACUCAAGUUCAUAAGUUUUCAAAAUUUAAACAUAAAGUAAUCCAUUAUCCUGAUUUGUUAAAACAACAUUCUGAGUUGAAACAAAUGUCUCUUUGAGUAGUAAAUGUUCUCUUCAAGUUGCGUUUAGACAGGUGAACAUUUAUUUUGAAGUUUAAGCACCUGAAAUGUUUUACAACAGUGUACAAGAACAUGUUUGAGACGUUGACACGUCAUCAUAUUUGGUUCAAUUGGACCCGGAACACAGAGGGCCACUAAACAUGCUGCUGAUACUGUAGCUUCAUUUUUACACUUUAUUUCCUGACCUAUUGCACAUUGUGUAAAUCAACUCACUAUUCUCAAUUAUUUCUCAGUGCUAAGGCUGAUGUUUGCCUGCAAUGCUUUAUGGGAAUGGCUUCUAUGAAUUGUAGCAUUCUUAAAAUAGUUGAUCUGUUAGUAAGGACACUAAGCAUAGACUUUCUAGUAUUUGGGACAAAGCAACUAGUUUCUGAGUAACAGGACUGAUCCAUAGUCAGUUUCUGUCUUCCAUAAUUCAGUGUUUGUUAGUAAAAAGAGAGUAAAAUAGCUGAACCUCAUCUCUGAGAUGGCCAACACACACACACAGCACUAUACAUAAUCAUCACGAACUCCUUCCAGAACAUAAAUUAGAACCCAUUGUUAAUUACAAAUCGUUCAGUAAUAAAAGUCUUGUACAGCACAUGAAAUUUUCAAUGUGUUCACUGAUCAAUUCUAACAGUGUGUAAUUAAAAAUUGUAAAUAUAAAGUUAUUUAAACACC